AACGGGUUUCACACUUUCUGCAACGAGAAAUAAGAACGCACGGUGUCAGUGCAAUGUAAAAUGUCAGCGUUUGUCUGUCGUCAUCACCCUGUAGCCCCACCUCCUGGCAGCAUUCGUUGUUAGACCUUGGGAGUCGUUUGAGCGCUUGUACUGCGUAGAGAUUGGAUUUAAUCUAUGGUACGAACGAUGUUUUUGCCCAAAAUUUAGCUCGGAUUUAUUUGAUUUCAUCCGUCUGUUGUGAGUAGAUGAUGUUUCCGAUUCAAAUCAUGAAACAAAGAAGACACGAGUCCGGAGGUUUCCGCGGAUAUCUGUUCGGCUGCGUGGCUAUUGUGCUUUUGUGGAGCGUAGCCUCAGCACAAGUGAGAUACUCUAUCUCAGAGGAAAUAACCGAAGGGACAGCGGUUGGAAAUAUCGCCAAGGACCUGGGAAUGGAUAGAAACACACUUAAGGACAGGAAGUAUCGGAUUGUGACCAGCAACGAUGAGCCCCUGUUUCAUGUAAAUCAGGACGACGGCGUCCUGUACGUGAGUAAAAGAAUUGACAGAGAAGAGGUGUGCGGGCAAAGCAGUACGUGUCUGAUUAAUCUGAAAACCGUACUGGAAAACCCACUUGAAGUUCAAUACGUUGGAGUGGAGAUUCUGGAUAUAAAUGACCAUGAUCCUGUCUUUUUGGAAAAAGACAAGAUAUUAGAGAUAUCAGAGUCUGUGCUGCCCGGAGCGCGAUUUCAGUUAAAAGCCUCACGGGAUCCGGACAGCGGUCAUUUCUCAGUACAACAGUACAAACUCAGCAACAACGACCAUUUCCGUUUGGAAGUUAAGGACAAAGGGAACGAUGGUAAAAUACCAAUGCUAGUCAUUCACAAAGCAUUGGACAGGGAGACUGCAGCAAGCCACUCGUUGAUACUGACGGCCCUGGAUGGAGGUAAACCUCCAAAAUCAGGCCAAAUGAACAUUUUAGUCAAAGUUUUGGAUUUGAAUGACAACGCUCCAAUUUUCACAAAAGACACUUAUUCUGUGAUGGUUGAUGAAAAUGUCCCAACGGACACAACAGUUAUUCAAGUAAAUGCAACUGAUUUAGAUGAAGGUCCAAACGGAGAAGUGGUUUAUUCUUUUAGUAACAGCAUGAAUCAAAACAUUUUUAACCUUUUCAACAUUAACCACCUAACAGGAGAGAUAACUGUGAAAGGAAUCUUAGACUAUGAGGAGAAGGACAGGUAUGAAAUUGAAAUCGAGGCUUCGGAUAAAGGUUUUGCACCCUUCACUACAGAUAAAAGUGUCACCAUUCAGCUGGUUGAUGUUAAUGACAAUGCUCCUGAGAUUGAUGUUACCUCAUUUUCAAGCUCCAUCCCUGAGAACUCCAAACCUGGCACUACAGUGGCCCUAAUUAGUGUCAGUGACCUGGACUCUGGUCCUAAUGGAAAGGUUAUUUGCUAUUUGCAGGAGGAUGUUCCAUUUGCAUUGUCGCCAUCUUUACAGGAUAAGAUGUAUUCAUUAGUAACUAAGUCCCCUCUGGAUAGAGAGAAACAGUUGCAUUAUGACUUAACCAUUACUGCAAAAGACUCUGGUCAUCCCCAGUUAUCAUCAGAGAAGACAAUCAGUGUCAUAGUGUCAGAUGUAAAUGACAACAGUCCAGUGUUUUCACUCAGCCCUUAUACCUUUUAUGUAAGAGAAGGCAAUAACCCAGGAGACUUUGUGUUUUCUGUAAAAGCAGUAGAUUGUGAUGAAAAUGAGAAUGCUGUAAUUUCAUAUCACAUUCUUAGGUAUGGCAGCGAGGAAAAUAAAGUGUCAUCAUUUCUACGCAUUAACUCUGAUAAUGGAGACAUAGCGGCAUUGAAAAGUUUUGAUUUUGAAAAAUUAAAGUCCUUCCAGUUCCACGUGUUCCACGUGGUGGCGUCAGAUUCAGGAAGUCCGUCACUGAGCAGCAACGUCACAGUGAACGUGUUCAUUCUGGAUCAGAACGACAAUCCUCCAGUCAUUCUGUAUCCACUCAGCUCUAAUGGUUCUGCUGAAGGUGUGGAGGAGAUUCCCCGCAAUGUGGACGCAGGACACUUGGUGACUAAAGUCAGAGCCUAUGAUCCUGAUAUAGGAUAUAACGGCUGGUUACUGUUUUCACUGCAGGAAGUUUCUGACCACAGUCUGUUUAAUUUGGACCGAUAUACAGGACAGAUCAAAACACUUCGUCCAUUCACAGAGACAGACGAGGCUGAGCAUAAACUGGUCAUACUGGUGAAAGACAAUGGGAACGUUUCACUGUCAGCAACAGCUACUGUGAUUGUCAAAGUUGUGGAGCCCAAAGAAGCUUUUGCAGCUUCUGAUGUGAAAAGUUCAACCAAAGCAGAUGAGGACAAUGAUGUGACUUUUUACCUGAUGAUAACUUUGGCCUCAGUUUCUGCUCUUUUUCUCAUCAGUAUCAUUGUGCUGAUUGCAAUGCAGUGCUCCAAGUCCACAGACUAUACUUCUAAAUAUCUACCAGAGCCAAACUAUGAUGGAACAUUGUGUCACAGCAUCCAGUACAGAUCUGGAGACAAACGGUACAUGUUAGUUGGACCCAGGAUGAGUAUUGGAUCUACUAUAGUCCCAGGAAGUCAUGCAAAUACUCUGGUGCUUCCUGAUAGAAGAAAGACAUCUGAGGAGGUCCACCUCUUUAUUCAUUCGCCAGUACGAAGCCGAGAGGAGUCUGCUUUCUACUUUAGCUGA